CGAAUAUAUGUCUGAAUUCGUUUGCUUUGUUGUAGAAGGUCAAACUCAUUAUAUAGAAGCUAGCAAAUGUUUAAGUAUGACUUUAUAGACUGAGAAAAAAGGUCUUGUAUGAAACUUUAUUUUAUAUUAGGUUUAUACUGCCACUAUGCCAAAAUGGCUAACGAUGGAAGCUUUUUCAGUUUUCUAGUAGUUCCUGAAUAAUCAAUUGGAUAUUUAGAAAAAAUAUAGUGAUUAAACUCUAUAAAGACUAUUAUGGUUAGGAGAUCAUUUGUAGAUGGAAUUCUUUUAAGAGACUGUAAUUCGAGAUCUCAUUUUAGAUAGAGUAAAUGUUCAAAAUUGCAUUUUGUUUUUGAAUGAAGCAUUUAAAAAGUUGAAAGCAUGUGAAGUAUUCGUUCUCUUUUAUAUUCAGGAUUCACCAGAAGUAUGGUAUUAGAUGCUUAAUGUUUGCAUGAAUUUUACUGCAAGAAAUUUACUUCUUAUUUUUUAAUAAAACCCUAUGGAUCUCAAUAAAAUCAACUAAAAGGUUAUUGAGGAAAUCUUAGAAAGAGCAUUAAAGCAUUAUCGCAAGAAGAAUAAUCCUGAUCUUUUAUCAAUAGUAUAAAAGAUUAGAAAUUGCUAAGACAUUGUUCAAAUCAUUACAUAAUAGAAAUAAACUGUUUUAGAUAAAAAGAUUAAUUAUCAAACUCAUCCUAGUAUAAAUUGGAAGUUAUCUAAUCUCUCUUCAAUAAUUAAUAAAGAGACAUAAUAAUUUAAAUUUUCAGAUUUCACAUGGAAAUUAGUAGCCAAGAUGGAAGAUAAAAUUCUAAAAAUAUAUCUAAAAUUGGAAGACAUAGAUCCUGAAUUAAAUUUAAGAAUCAUUGCUCUUUAUUUUUAAUUACAACUUUCUCAAUUUGGUUUAGAACAAUUAAAAUUAGUGAAUUUAGUUGCUAGUAAAGGAAACAAAAUUCUCUUAUGCGAAUUUAAUGGUAUGAUUAUAUUCUAUAUAGAUUUGAAUAAAUUCGAUUAAUAAAAGUUAGAAUUUACUGUAUACCUUAAUACAGAUUAAGUCUUAACAUUGUGUUUAAAUCAUUUGUAUUAUAAUUUGAAUCCAACUUACAAUUUAAGUAAGCUAGAUUUGGAUGAUAGUUUAAUUUUAUUAGCAGCUACACCUUAAGUUUAAUAAGCACAAGAGAAGUCAUUUUAAUUGCUUCUGGAAUUUGGUAUAAAAGCUAUAAUAAUAUUAUAGUACCUCAAUUGAAUCCUAAUGAUUAUGAAAGAUGUAUAAAUUAACUCAACAUGUCUUUGAUGAACACUGAAUUUUUAAUAAAAUAUUUGAAAUCCCCAUUAAACCAAUUCAUUCAGUGUGAACUAGACAAAAGGUAACCUUAAUAAUAGAGAUCGUAUUCUGUUUCCAAAGAUUCAAAAAGUUCAUCAAGAAUUUUAAGAUAGGUAAGUGCUGGAGGAAGUAAGAAUGAUAAAUCAGGAGAUCAAUUAGUGAAUCGUAGUUAAAGUAGUGAAAAGUUACAUAAUGAAAUGCCAAUUAACAAACUGCAAAAAUUGAAAAAGACUCCAAGUUAGCAAAGAUUUGAAUAAUAACAAAUAGUUAAUAGUGGAAUUAGUAACUAAUCUGCAUUAUAUUCUCGGAAACAAUUAUUUGAUGAGAUAAAUAUAGUUAAUUUUUUGAAAGUAAAAGAUCCCUAACUUAUAUAAGAAUUGAAUGAAUUGAUUAGAAUUUAUUAUUGA